AUGCCCAUCGUCCUUUGGCCUUCAGACCUCUUGUUGAGCGAGGGCAUCUGCUACGGUUGGACGAGCCCUCUCCUUGUCGUAGCUGGCGUUCUUCGACCUUCCAGUCAUGAGACGGUCUACCCAAAGGGGAUCGCGGCUGCUGCCAUCGCCCAUCCCCAAUGGCGCGCCGUUCAGGAUAUGUUCACGCGGAGCCCGGAAAUAAUUGGCUAUUGCGAAUCCACCACUCAGAAACGCGGCUAUCCGAAGUUUCGGCUGAGUGGUAUCGAGCAGGAAGACAGUAUCUCCAUAGUCGACUUCCAGAUUGUGUUGUACCAGCGACACACGCGACAAUCAAUGCGGUUCUACACGUUCGACUUCAACGAACUCGAUAUUCUGCCUUUGCAGGACUCCGCGGAAGACAAAUCACCUACCGCGACAAAGAACGUGAAUGCUUCGUUAAGCGCUGAUUUUACUCGUACAUGUGGACCUGCCUCGCGGAGAGGUAGCGCCCUAGACGAGGAAGUGCUUUUACAGGCCAAUUUUGCGCAACUCUUUGCGGACAUAGUCGACCGCCAACUAUACUCUGCGACCGCGUCAAGAUCACUUAUUGCAACCGAAGCGUUCCCGAGAAGCUACAGUGCACCAGAAACAUCUCAGCGGCCUUCGGAACAUAAUGUUGAAGAGCCGCGAAGCAAGCUCGUUCGGGUCGUCAAACGUCUGAAUGCGUUAAGAGAUUUUUCAACCACAGCGGGCCAGUUCGAUGUUAGACUCGAGCAAGGCGCCUAUGUGGCCGGUGAGGUUCCACAUGUAUACCACGACAAGGCCCGCACGGUCGUGUCCAUAUCAAAGUACAUCAAGUUUCACAAUUGCGUGUGGCUCGUUUUGAACGAUGCCAUCAUCGGCGUCGCGUUCGGGUCUUUCCUGUGUGAGAACUCGGACGUUCUUGCCCGCAUGUCGGACGACUUCCUCCAGCAUUACCUUGUCCGUCGUAUGGAGCUCGCGCUGCUAUGGCUGAACAACUGGCCGGCCGGCCUGAAGCUCAACACCGAGCUCAGUCAAUUCUACUGUCAUUCUCUGAUCGGACUCGUUUCGGCAUGGGGCUGGCUGCUCACGCGGAUGGCGCCGUACUUUCCGGCGCUCAUCUGGCUCAUUGGCCUCAGCGGAUGCCUUGGCAUGACCAUGAUUGUAUCACUCCUCUCAGACACGCUAGGUGUGCUCACGGCCCACCUGUAUGCGUGUUACUUCAUCUCGGCGACCAUAUUCCGCCACCAGCUGAGUCUCGCGGGGUCGUUGUGGAACCUCUUCCGCGGGAAACGAUACAACGUGCUGCGAAAUCGCAUAGAUACUUGGGAUUACGAUCUCGACCAGCUGCUGUUGGGGACGAUCCUCUUCACCCUCCUCGCAUUCUUGUAUCCUACGGUGCUGACGUACUAUGUCUUAUUCGCCGCGGCACGUCUCGCAAUCAUGAUGAUCCACGCCGUCUUCGACACCGUUACCGCUCUGCUCAACCACUUUCCGCUAUUUGCUCUGUUAUUACGAGUCAAAGACCCGCUGCGUCUUCCGGGUACGUUCGUCGGGCACAAGUCGUACACGCAACAUCGUUAG